AUGUCAAAUACGACUACACAGAAACGUGGUCCCAUAACCUGCCACGUACUCGACUCAUCACGCGGUCUUCCUGGCAAAAAUAUCGAGGUUUUGUUGGAAUGUCAACAAAAUAACGUUGAUAAAGAAUGGAUUACCGUUAGUAAAACAAAAACGAACGAAGACGGAAGAUGUUCAGAUUUGGUUUCCCCCGAUUACCGAAUACAAUUGAUCAAAUCUGAAGAUGAUUAUAAAGCAAUUUAUCGUCUUACUUUUUUUACUACACCUUAUUUUAAAAGUUUCGGAGAAGAAUCAUUUUAUCCCUUUGUUCAGGUCGUUUUUCAAAUAAAGGAUCCUACACAACAUUAUCACGUUCCCUUACUAAUUGCACCUUUCUCUUAUACAACUUACCGUGGAAGUUAA